AGAUGCCGGUGUCGGCGGCGGCCGGAGUGGCGGCUGCAGCGGCGGCGGCUGCGGGGCCCGGGCGGGGGACCCAGGCUGGCGCGUAGCUGUGAUCAUGGAGGGGCAGAGCGGCCGUUGCAAGAUAGUGGUGGUGGGGGACGCGGAGUGCGGCAAGACAGCGCUGCUGCAGGUGUUCGCCAAGGACGCCUACCCCGGGAGUUAUGUCCCUACCGUGUUUGAGAACUACACAGCCAGCUUCGAGAUCGACAAGCGCCGCAUAGAGCUCAACAUGUGGGACACUUCAGGUUCUUCCUAUUAUGACAAUGUCCGCCCACUGGCCUACCCAGACUCUGAUGCUGUCCUUAUCUGCUUUGAUAUCAGCAGGCCAGAGACACUUGACAGUGUGCUCAAGAAGUGGCAAGGGGAGACCCAGGAGUUCUGUCCCAAUGCCAAGGUUGUUCUGGUCGGGUGUAAACUGGACAUGAGGACAGACCUAGCGACACUGAGGGAGCUCUCUAAACAGCGACUCAUCCCUGUCACCCAUGAGCAGGGCAGCGUCCUGGCCCGGCAGGUGGGGGCCGUGUCUUACGUUGAGUGCUCAUCCCGGUCAUCUGAGCGAAGUGUCCGAGACGUUUUCCACGUGGCCACCGUGGCCUCCCUUGGCCGUGGCCACAGGCAGCUUCGUCGUAGCGAUUCAAGGAGAGGCCUACAGAGGUCAGCACAGAGGUCAGCACAGCUGCCUGGGAGGUCAGACAAGGGUGCCGAGGCGGAGAUUCGAAAGGACCGAGCCAAGAGCUGUAGCAUCAUGUGAGGGGAUCAGAGAGGGCAGCCCAGACACCCAACUGAGCCUGAGGGGAGUUCUGGGGGAGGGGGUCAAACUCACCCAUGACCCCCCUUCCCCCAGGACUCACCCUGAUAAUCUAGUUUAACUAGACACAAGGAUGGGGGUGGGUGGGACUUUUAUGCCCAACACCUUCUACCAAUCCUCCUUCUCUCUUAUAGAACUCUGGGGAGGCUGGGAGGGUCUCUGAUGAUCACAUGAUCUGGGCACAUGCCACACAGAGGCAUGAGUGCACAGGCACAGGCAUGUCCACAGAAUAUAGACAUACAUGAACGUGAGGGAGAUGAGGAGUGGCCAAAUCCUUGGGUGAAGGUAACCUUCCUGCACCUCCCCCAAUAUUCAUAUCAUGUUCCUAGUGGCCCCAGAGCCAGCCUCACCUCCACAUCCCAUCCCCUCAUCUGCUUCUGCUGCUGUUUUCUCUGACCCCCUAACUCCAGGCCACAUGCACUAAAUUCAGGACAAAGGAUAUGUCCCCAUCCAGUUCCUUCCCUACUGCCUUCCUCCACCAACAGGAGGCUAAUAAAACCCAUGUCCAUGGAAAAUGGCUGUAUUUCAGUUCAUUGCCUUUUUAAAAACCUACAGAAAGAAGCAAGAGGGAUGGAAGCUAAACCCUAGGUAGGACUUGUUAUUGUUUGAGGCUAUCACAAAUGAGAAGAAUCUUAGAGGUUGAGCAAUGGAAAUCAGACCUCAGCUAGGGGUCCUGAUAUCUGAAGGUACCACAGAGGAGAUGAAUCUUGGUUAAAGAUUGAAGUCAGAGAAGGAAGGAUGCAUGUCUUGAUAGCUCUGGGAGGUGUUGGAGAUUUUAGGACAUUGAUAUAUAUUGGCAAAAGCAACCUUCCCCUUCCCUCCAUCUGGUCCCCAUUUCUCUCCUUGAUAAGAAAAGGAAGUCUCUGGUACUUCCCACUGUCUUGGAUGGGGAAAGAAAAAACUGGGCAGUUUGGGUCCCUUUCCCUGAAAAGGGUACAUCACACUGCUUCAAGGCAGCCAGGCCUGAUUUCAAGUCACAUAGGCAUCACCUUCAGACCCAACUAACUCUUUGCCAAUGCCAACUUGUCGGUGGGGGAGGGUAUGCCCCUCUCCCCAACAUCCUUGACCCUCAUUCUCGUGGCCUUGGAUUCCCUCUUUUACUCAACACCCAGGUUCCACAUUUCCCACUUUCCCAGGAGAAUAAAAAUCACUUAUAUUUGAUUUCAGCAUCCCAGAUUCUGAAAAUUAGGAAAAUCUGUGAUACCAUUAGCUACUUUGGGGGAUCUGGCCAGUGCUCCACCCCAUUUAUGAGCUCUUUUGCAUUUCUGAGGUUAAAUACUCAUCAGUAUUUAAAAUUAUUAACACACUCACUAGGCAAGGUUAAAUAAGUUCUAAGGUUCAUGGGCUAAAAGGAUUUGGAACCAGAGAGACCUUGUUCUCCUCUCAUUUUAUAGAUUUUGUAGUGUUGUGCCUGACAUACAGUAAGUGCUUAAUAAAUGCUUUCUAUGGCUAUCUACAAAUAACAAAACCUUGGCUCAAAGAGACAUUUCUCUUGCCCAGAGUCUCCUAAGGUGGCAAAUUCCCGAGCCAGGAUUUGAAUCUAGUUCUUCUAUCUCCCAAUCCAAGGUUGUUUUUUCCCCUCUAGUUCAUCCCUGUUAGAGUUGCAGGGUCCCAGGGUGGAAGAGGGAAGCCAGGUGGAAGGGACCCAGGGGAGUGAUAUCCUGGUGAGUCGUUAGGUGUUUGCCUGUCCACCUUUUCUCCCUGGCCCUGGUGCCAAGGACGGAGACUAGCUGGGAAGGGGGCAGGGUGGGGCAAGAACGAUGUUGAAAUGGGAAAUAAGUGGAGAAUUUUCUCAUGACAAAAGGAUGGAGAAUUGCUGUAUACACUAUGAAGUCACAGCUGCACUGAUUGUGGUUCCACUAAUCCUCUUCUUGGGAGUAUUAAGUCUCCAUUGUUUUCGAGGGGAAAAUUUCUUACUUCCAACCCCACCCCCCAGCCCAGGCCUAGGGUUCCUAAGAACAGGGAAAUGAGAGCCGGCGCAGAUAGUGUCCCCUAAGCAGAGAGGAUGGUCUCUCACCCAGAGACACCUACCUACAUCACCUACAACACCCCAUCCUGCCCUCUCUCUCCCACUAAGCCGUUCUCAGCUUCUCCACACUCCCCCGAGAGACCCCAGGUCUCUAAACUUGCCUGUAUCCCACUCCUACUCAAGUUGAUAACCUAUGCCCUCUUUGUUGGAAUUUUUCCCUGGGCAUCUGCUCUGAAAUUUGUCAUUUAAAAUGAUUCCUCCCUAUUUGCUUCCCCCUCCCCCAUCCGAAACAAAGAAAGGAAAUUUCCACUCACCUCCCUCUGACUCUUGGGGGCUAGCUUCUACAUCAAUGAAAAGCCAGGCCCCUUAAACAUAGACACUAUGUAUGACCGAGUCAGAUUCGGGUGCAGAGACACUGCAGGGACUCAGGAGUCUGAGGCCCUGGGCCUCUAUCUCACUGCCGCCCUCUCCCCUCCAGUGUAGCUGAAGGCCUUGGGUUCUUAGGCCUGGCUGCAAUGUUGCUGCCCUGGGGUGUAUCACUCAGACUUUAUCCACUGACCAUGCUAUGGCCCACAGCUGGGAGGCUCUCUGGAGGGAAGAGGAAAUCCAGUCCAUUCUCAGUUAUCUGCUUUGUGGCUACAAGAUUGGCUUUACUGGCCUGAUAACCUAGGUGAUCUGUCCCUAUCCAUCCACCUCUCCCUUCCCUGCUCACCCCCAAUAGUUUGCAUCCAGGAAAAGCAAACUCAAAAUUUCAAUAUCAGCUUAAAAAACAUAAUUAGGAAGAUAAACCCCGGGGGGGGGGGAGGGAAUGGGAGAAGAGAAAGGGGGUGGAACAGGAACAUUGAAUGCAUUUCCAUUGCUUGUCAUCUGGAAAUGAAUUUGGUAUCCUGCUUUACACCUGGGCUUGCCUGAUAUGCCCUGAGGAUGGGGGCGAGAGGGCAGACAGACGGGAAAAGGUGGGAUAGUGUGAGAGAAUGGGGGUGGGGGCUGUUCUCUCUUGCCACCCCGAAGCCCCCACAGACAGGCGGGUGGGGAACCGUGUCACGUAGGAUGAGAGGGAAGCUGGUUCAGCUGCUGCUUUCCCCACAAAUUAGGCAUCCUUGUGGAAACAAUGUCG